GGAUGCGCUCCGACCAGCAUCUCGAGAGGAAUCCAGCCGUGGCGACGCGGGCACUCCAGGAGAGGCCCCGAGGAGGAGGGAGAGCGCCAGCGGGCCCUCGCAGCUCGGUCCUCGAUCCUCGAGGACUCCCUCCUGCACCGAUCCGGGCCCUCGGUCCCCCCUCCUCGAUUUCGAUCCUCCCCCGCUCCUCGAUCCGCUCUCGGCAAGAGGCGGUGGAGCGCGUGGAGAGGGAGACGCGUGACAGGCAGGCGGCCCUGGAGGACCUGGCGGCGGGCACCCGGGCCGCCGCCUCGGAGGUGCGGGCCGAGCUCCAGGCCCAGGAGCGCGCGGCCGCAGAAGCCCAGGGGCGGCAGGCAGGGGAGCUGCGGGCGCUGCGCGGCGAGGCGCAGGAGCUCCAGCGGCAGCUCUCCGAGGGCCUCGCGGGUCUCGGGGAGUCGCUGCGGCAGCAGCGCGGGGAGGCCGAGGCUGCCCUGAAGGAGGGGCUCGAUGCAGCCGCGCGCGCGGGCCGAGAGCUCGCGGACGUCGGCCAGGCCGCCGCGUCCGCGCUCGCCGAGCGGUGCCUGGCAGAUCUGAGCAGCCUGGGCGCCGAGCUGCGGGGCGCGCUCGAGCAGCAGCGCCAGGGGCUCCUGGGCGAGGUCGUUCGCUGCCGCGAGGGCCUGGCGGGGGAGCUGCAGGCGGAGGCGCAGCGGAGGCAGCAGGAGCGCGACAGCACGGCGGCCAGCCAUGCGGAGGAGAUCGCCGCCCUGCGGGCGGAGUGC